GACAUACGCGAAUCACCUUAGAGUCGUUUUGUAAUUGCUUUUAUAUUUAACCUUAUUAGAGUCCUUUUGAUAUACGCGCAUUUUGUUCGCUAUUACAAAUAAUCGAUUACUCUCUGAAAAUUUUUCUAAGUGAAGCAAAGUUCAGAAAGAGAGAAAAAAAAAAAAAAAACAAUGGAGAUCACACGGCAUGAUGAAGAUGAAGUGUACGAGGCAUCACGGACCGGGAGUGUAGAAUCCUUAAACAGGUUGAUCGAAAAAGACCCAGACAUUCUAUGGAGAAUAUCCCUGCAGACCGGCAAAACCGGAACCCCCUUGCAUGUUUCGGCUUUACACGGCCAUGCUGAGUUUACCAAAGCCCUUUGCACUAACAAUCCCAAACUUGCAGAGGGGGUGGACGCCGAUAGACGCACGCCCCUGCACUUGGCUUCUGCUAAGGGCCGCAAGGAGACCGUCGAAGCUUUGUUAUCUGUGUAUGCUGGUUCGUGCUCGGAUUUUGAUGAAAAUGGAAGAAUCCCUCUUCACUAUGCAGCCAUGAGAGGAGAAGUUGAGGUGCUCCAGAAGUUGAUUGAUGAAAAUCCUGGGUCCAUUUAUGCCAAAGUUGAAAACAGAUCGAAAGAAACAGUUUUGCACUUGUGUAUUAUACACAACCAGUUAGAGCGCUUGAAACUGUUGGUUGAAAGAGACGACAGAAAUGGUGAGUUCCUCAACUCAAGAGCUGGCUGUGAUAGUGGUGUGACCAUACUGCACUUAGCUUUGAUGCUAAGGCAAAUUAAGACUAUACGUUACCUGCUUUCCGUUGAUGCUAUAAGAGUAGAAGCAAUUGGUGUGAAUGGGAUGUCUCUGACCAUGUUAGACAUCUUAGAGUACAGUAGCGUUGCAAGAGAGGACUUUAGCAGAAGCUUAGAGAUUCAACAGAUUUUGAUGGACGCAGGAUUAAUCAGAAGGGAAAAUAAUGAAAAUGAUAAUCCUAACUCAGCUGUUGCCGGUGCUGCUGUUGUUGUAUCACCAAAUCCAAGAAGGGUAAAGAGGAAAAAGAAGGGAUCAAAGCCAGCAGGGUGGUUCUGGGGAAAAUUGAUGAUAUGGUUAGGAGAUCCGCAUGAAUGGGCGAAGGAGACACGUAACUCUCUGAUGGGUGUGGCUACGGUGAUCUCGACCAUAACUUUUCAAGCCGUAGUCGACCCACCUGAUCGUGUUUGGGAAGAUAAUCAUACAAAAAUUACCUUUGGUUCUAGAACAGUUUGGAGGGAAAAUAAUGGUACAAACACUACCUUAGGCAACGGUAAUGAUGCCGUGGUUGAUUACUCCACCGCUUUCAUAGCAUGCAAUACCAUCUCGUUCCUUGCUUCCUUGACCGUCGCCCUUUUGCUCAUUAGUCGAUUUCCUACCCACAAUAAGUUGUGCACGUGGCUCUUAUCGAUAUCCAUGCGCGUCACUCUCGCAUUCUUGGCACUCUCCUACCUAGUCGUGCUGUCCAUUAACGACGCUUAUAACGGUAUUUUGGUUUCAUGGCGCAUGUACGAGAUAUUCAUUAUCCUUUGGAUUGCGUUGCUGGUCAUAGGCGGUGUACUUCACACUAUCCGGUUUCUUAUUUGGGUGAUGAAGUGGUUGCGGCCCAAGUACUUCAGGCCGAAAAGAGGCCUCAAGAUCAUGAUCACUACCGACCCCUUUUCAUGUGACGAGUCAAUGAGUUUUGAAGAGAUUAAUGUGCGUGCAUUUGUGUGAUUACUCUGCCGCGGUGCGUUUGCUUGAGAAAAUAACUAAUUAGGUCAGACACCCUGUAUGCAUGUAGCAAUUAGGGUUUGGGGAAUGAACUAGGUCAAUGUCGCUUUCUCGAUCGCUCUGGGUUGGUAAUUCCAGAGUUUUUCUUAGUUAUGAUAAAUAAUCAAUCACCUAUGUAAAUUAGAAGUGUUUGUUGCUUUGAUUCUGGAUGGUAUCUACUUUUUAAUUAUUAUUCAUUUAUGUCAUUUGUUAUCAUAUUAGCAGAUUAACAAUUGUUCGCAUUCUCGCUGCGAGUAGUUUGUU